CUCCUCUUCCCACUUCAAUCCAAUCCAAUCCAAAGCCCCUUUACCCUCUACCCAAAACCCCAACCUCAAGCUUAAGCCAAGGCCCAAACAGCAGAAAAUAAACCAUGGCCCCCCGCUGCUUCAUCAUCCGCCACGGCGAGACCGAAUGGUCCCUGAACGGCCGCCACACCGGCAUCACAGACCUCCCGCUCACAGCCAACGGCGAGAAGCGAAUAAAAUCAACGGGGAAGGCGCUCGUCGGGAAUGACCGGCUCAUUGCGCCGAGGAAAUUGGUCCAUGUAUACGUCUCCCCCCGUGCGCGCGCCCAGCGGACACUCGAGCUCCUCGAUCUCGGCUGCCGCGAGCGUCUGCCGUGGACGGAGAGAAGGGCGCCAGAGGACGAGGAGCCGAUUCGCACGGAGGCCAAGGUGGAGGUGACGGAGGCGGUGCGCGAAUGGGACUACGGCGACUACGAGGGGUUGACGAGUAAGCAGAUUCGCGAGAUGCGGGCGCAGAAGGGAGAAGGGGCGUGGGAUAUUUGGAGAGAUGGGUGUCCUGGGGGAGAAUCCCCUGAAGAUGUCGUCCGGCGCCUGGACGCCGUGAUCGCCGACAUUAGACAGAAGCACCACGGUCCGUGCUUCGACGGGUCCUCGCCGAGCGAGCAGGGCGAUGUGCUGAUCGUCGCGCACGGGCACAUCCUGCGUGCGUUCGCGAUGCGGUGGACGGGGAAGCCGUUGACGGAGACGGCGCUGAUUCUGGAAGCGGGAGGUGUGGGAACGUUGAGGUGAGCAGCGUUUGCCUUGAGGAUUUCCACAAGAGGAUCUUGCUAACCCUACUCGAACCGAUCAGUUACGAGCAUCAUAACAUCGAAGAACCGGCAGUGAUUCUGGGCGGAGGAUUCGUCGUCGACAGCUGAGUUUCGAAUCGAAAUCGAAAUCGCAACUCCUUCUCCGAGCGAUGCGAUGGUCACAGCGAGCGAGCGAACAUAACGAUGGUUGAAUCCGCCAGACA